CAAAAAUCACAAUUGCAAACCUUUUGGGUAAGAGAAAGGGUUUGCAAACCUUAUAGUUAUCAGGGUUCAAGAAGGCGAGCCUGGGCGCACGCCUAGGCUCAAUUAGGCGCUAGGCGGUGGAGGAUCGCCUUGACUUGGCCAUAGGCAUUGUAAAAGGCACUGGUGGUGCUUAGUAGGUAGGAAUAGCGCUUAGUUUGUGCUUAGUGGAGAGAAGGCGUGCCUGGGCGUUCCUGUGCGAGCUUAGGCGGUUAAACCCAAUACUCUUCGUUUUGUCAUAGAAAAUCAGAAACUUGCCUCUUGCCCUAGAAAAUCAGAAACACAGAAAGUAACAUCUGCUGCCGCCUGCCGCCCUAGCUCUCGCCCCAUCUGCUACCGCUUGCCGCCCUAGCUUUCGCCCCAUUUGCUGCUCUCUGCCGCCGCAGGAGAAAGUCAUCGAUCACUCUUCUCGCCUUCACACCGCUCCGCUGCUAUAGUGUGAAAUAAAGUCGAAACUCACCAAUUGUUGCUCCUUCCUUCUCCUCGGUACGUAGCACAAGCUUCUUGCCUCUAUAAGCACCUAUUAGCAGAUGAUUGGUCACUAUUUGCUUGUUAUUUGUUAUGUUAAGUGUUUACUGUUAAGAACUAGGCAUUGCUAAUUUUAUAUGCACUUGGAUUAUAUGAAUUAUUCCAGAAAACAUGAAAUAUUUGAGAAAUUUUCCAUUUAUGUUCUGAACGCCUAAGCGCGCAUAGGCUACGUCUAAUCGGGCAAGGCGUAAGUCAGGAGCCGAGCGCCUGCCUUACACGUUACACCUAGCGCCUUUUAGAACCUUGAUAGUUAUACUGUUUUUAUCUACAUUUUUUAUUAUAUGUCAGAAUGCGACAUCCAUAUCAACGCAUCCACGUGAACAUAAUUUUGCCUAGUCAGAAUCACCUAACGUUUGUUUGAUAAUAUAAAAAGUUAACUAUUAUACUGUUUCUUUUAAAAAAAAUUGUACAAUUAUAAUAAUUGAAUCCAUUUCGAUAAUGCAUCAUUUGUCGGAGCAGAAGGCGCCAACAAAACGUGGUGGUCCUGCAUGUAACUUUCGUCCUGUUGCCAUUAUUGGCUGGUUGCAAUUUUAAAUUCCAAUCAAGCUCACAUAAAAAAUAUUCCAAAACACGAAAGAAAAAACAAACAGAGAGAGAGAGAGAGAGAGAGAGAGAGAAAAUAACCCUCUCGCUGCUCGUCUAUAAAAAAAACCCCGCUUGCAGUUCAUCCCAAUUCGUUCCAUCACCAAAGCUUAAGAAACUCUUAGCCACAACCAAAGAUAUCAAAGAAGAAGGGGGAAAAAAGGACAAUGGCGGCGGCCUCCACCGAAUUUGUCCAUGCAACCUACGACCCCCUGGUGGCGGCGGAGCAGAAAGCCUACCUCGAAACCAAAGCCGGCGUAAAAGGCCUGAUGGACGCCGGCAUCAAGGAGCUCCCCCGCAUCUUCCACACCCCGCCGCACUUCCUCCACGACAACCCCACCGCCUCCGCCGCCAACCUCGACCUCACCUUCCCCGUAAUCGACCUCGCCGGCGGCCGCAAAGACAUCGUCGACAAGAUCAGGGACUCCUCCGAAAACUGGGGGUUCUUCCAGAUCAUCAACCACGGCGUCCCCGUCACCACCAUGGACGAAAUGAAGGACAGCGUCCACCGAUUCUUCCACCAGGACAUCUCCGAGAAGAAAGAAUUCUUCGGGACCGAUCCUACCGGAAAAGUCGUCUAUCUGACCAACGAGCGGGACUGGAGCGACCUCAUGCUGGUCGACAUGGCCCCCGACCCUCCCAGGCCGGAGCAGCUCCCCACCACGAUGAGGGACGUGCUGAGGGAGUACUCCGACGAGAUGUUCAAGCUCGGGGACCUGCUACUCGAGUUGUUGUCAGAGGCUCUGGGACUGGAUCCCGGGCACCUGAAGGGGAUGGAGUGCGCGGCGAAUCUGGGGAUAGCGAGCCAUUACUAUCCGGUGUGUCCGCAGCCGGAGCUGACGCUGGGGAUUACGAAUCAUACGGAUCUGGGGUUUGUUACGGUGCUUUUGCAGGAUCAUGUUGGUGGGCUUCAGGUGCUGCACCGGGAUUUCUGGGUCGAUGUGCCGCCGCGGCCGGAUGCUCUGGUGGUCAACAUCGGAGAUAUGCUUCAGCUGAUAACGAAUGAUAAGUUUAAGAGCGUGAAGCACAGAGCGGUGGUGAACAGCGUGGAGCCAAGAGUAUCUGUUGGUGCGUUUUUCGGCUAUGGGUCUCCGUUGCUUAUGAGAUCGUAUGGACCGAUAAAGGAAUUGUUGUCGGAAGAGAAUCCUGCCAAGUAUAGAGAAACAAAGAUUCGGGAGUUCUUCGUCGGGUCGUACAACGAGGGCAUUGGUAACACCUAUCUGCCGCUGCUUAAGAUCUGAGGAAGAAAUUGUACCUCAAUUUCCCAUGCUUUGGUAAUUGGAUAACAGUACUUCCCUUUUGAUGAUGUGUGAAUAAAAGAGAUCCCAAUUUCGGGAUUCUUCUGUUGCGCGGCGUUUAUUGUAACGAAAGCGGAUUGAUAAUGGUGUUUUGUCAUUUGAUUUGAGCUAAAUAUUUUGAAGCCAGAUCUGGAAAGAUUCGAUCUCUUGAUUUUUUUACGUACCACUUAUUGAGAACCGACAGGAAAAUGACAGGAAAUUAAAAGGGAAAAAAAUCCCAGAAUACUCUAAUUAUUAAAAAAAAUUCCUUAAAUACAGUACUUAUAAACUU